AGUUCCUGAGGUAAAUAAGUGUGGGGGCUGGUCUCCCAUACUCUCCAGAAGACGAAAAGAGGAAACACAAGAAAAAGUAUCUGGUACAGAGCCCCAGUUCCUACUUCAUGCAUGUGAAAUGCCCAGGAUGCUAUAAAAUCACCACAGUCUUUAGCCAUGCACAAUCGGUAGUCUUGUGUGUUGGCUGCUCCACUGUCCUCUGUCAGCCUACGGGUUUUGAAAAAGCACGGCUGACAGAAGGAUGCUCCUUCAGGAGGAGGCAUCAUUGAAAACACCUGAUUCAAGAUGAGUGGGAACCAUCCCAAUAAACACAUUUUGCAUAUAUUAAAAAAUA